UCGAACUACAAAGCCUCGCGUAAAUAUCCCUCUUGCAGAGACCCUUGCAGAAGGAGAAAGAGGCAUCAUUUUCGAAUACCCUACCAUAAGAUUUUCGUAAAUCACAGGCAAUUUCGACUCCCAAACGAAAUCAGCCGACGAGGCUCCCCUGAAAGCCCGGCUCAGCUUUGCAAGCUGGCAGAUCUGCAUCGUGGCCAAUAACCGACGCCACACAGCUAUCCGGCAAUAUCCACACAUAGUAGAUAACGGGAAUUGAUGAUAGGGGACGGAGGGAGUAGUAUAUUUAGCAUAGCAUUCCUCGUUCGCUAGGGAUGGGGGCAUUACACAACUUUACAAUUGCUUGAGUGUAAUCGGAGUUAGCGGUGAUGGACGCCUUGAGAGCAUCGUAUGGUGAUACUUCAUCUGACUCCGAUUCAGAAUCAUGUCCAACCCGUAUCCCCGACCGCACCCCUCUCCCUCCACCGCCGUUGUCUCUUCUCCAGCCCCCAAAUUCAGCAGGUAUAUCCGAUGUUUUGCAUACAGACCAUCCAAAUCGAGUCCGCAGCUUCCCCCAUGUUGAGGGUAAUUAUGCUUUGCAUGUUUAUAUUCCAGUGUAUUUUCCCGUUUCAUCAAGAAGGGAGAUUCUACCCUUCCUGGAAAGGGUUGCAGCUGCUGUGAAUGAGCUUCAUGUGGUUGAUGUUGACAUCCCCUUAAGUAAUUUAAUUAAAGAUGAGCAAAAGCUCAAUCAAGUUGUUCUUGGGAGGGAAUUCCAUGUGAGUUUGGGAAGGACUGUUCCAAUUCGAGUGCACCAGCGAGACUCGCUAGUAGCUAUGCUUCGGCAGAAACUACAGUCUCAUAAGAGGUAUUGGAUUGAUUUUGACAAAUGGGAAGUUUUUGUCAAUGAUGAUUGUACUCGGACCUUUCUCUCAUUGGAAGUCACCGGAGCAGGCUUAGCUGAGAUCCAGAAGCAAAUUGAGUUGGUGAAUGGAGUCUACAAGCUUCACAAUCUCCCAGAGUUUUAUCAGAAUCCACGCCCGCAUAUAUCCAUAGCUUGGGCCGUUGGUGAUAUAAGCAGCUCUCUGAAGAGUGUGAUCAAAGCAGAAAUGAAGAGACAUUUUGAAGUUGUAUCUAAGAAACGAAUUUUCACUUGCAAAUUUGGUGGGAUUUCAUGCAAAAUAGGUAACAAAAUCUAUGAUAUAUGCAAGGUCCCAGAAAUAUGACUCAGGAUGCACACUCUUUUAUGGAAAAUGGCAAAACAUUUAUAUUUUCACAAUUUCCCCACUCGUUUUAGAAUGAAUAUUUUUCACAUGUGCUAUAGAAUGAAUAUUUGGGCAGGUUUGGGCACCCUUUAUCGACGAUGAUAAUGUUAUCAUUUGAUAUUGAUGAGGUAUUGAUGUGAAUAUAUUUCUAAGUUUUUUAAUUUAA